AACAAAACUGAAAUUGCACUUAGUUGGUAAGAAGCGUUCUGCGGCAACGGGCGGCAAAGCGGAAAAGUCGGAAAAGCCGAGCGUAACCGAGAUAGAAAAUCCUAAGAAACCCAAAGUACUAUUAAAAAAAAAAAUAUAAAAAAACAAUUCUAAAAACCGAAGAAACAUUCGCGUGUGUGUGGUGUGCGAGUGAGUGUGUUGCAAGUGCAAGUGCAUUGCAGUUGCAAGUGGAAAUUGCGGACAGGCGGAAACCGCGCUUCGCUUCCAUAUGCCCUUGCAUCCCAACCGGUGAAUAUUUCAAAAAGGCCUGCUCGGAAAAUCAAUUUUAUCGUGAGCCUUUAAUCUGGCCAGCAAUAUUAUACUUAACAAAAAACAAUUAAAGCCAAAAUUAACAAUAAAAUAAUAAGGGAGAAAAACCAAAGAAAGAAAAAAACAACGACGAACGAUUAAAACCACAAAAUAAUCACGGAAUUCGAUACGAACCGAAAAAAAUGGGUCUCGGGAUAAUCGUCGGCGUGCCGUAUUCCAUCAAAUUUGCAUGGCCGCUGCACUGACAUUAAAAUGCAAUUUACGCCGGGACUCAGUUUCUGUCAAACUGUUGCCUCUUUAACGGAUUAAUAUUUCCGUAAAUAUCAAUCGGCAAGCAACAGCUGCCACAGUCGACUGACAAGGACAGCUCCAAAAACAUUAAACAGAAACCAGCUGAAAAAAAAAACAGAAAAACUGAAUGAAAGGAGGGAAAAAGAGUUGGAAACGAACUGAAAAUACAUCGGCAACAACACAGUCAAACAUGUCGACCAUUAAGCUGCUCAUUAUCGGUCACCUAUGGCUCUCCAUUGGAAUGAUCUCCGGCGACGAUUCGCUGGACACGCGUGAGGGCGUCGAUCUGGUGCUCAAGUGCCGCUUCACCGAGCAUUACGACUCGAGUGACUUUACCUUCUACUGGGCGCGCUGGACCUGCUGUCCCACAUUGUUCGAGAACGUGGCCAUCGGCGAUGUGCAGCUCAAUUCGAAUUAUCGCUUGGACUUUCGGCCCAGUCGUGGUAUUUACGAUUUGCAAAUCAAGAACACCUCCUACAAUCGGGAUAAUGGACGGUUCGAGUGCCGAAUCAAGGCAAAGGGCACCGGGGCGGAUGUCCAUCAGGAGUUCUACAAUCUGACAGUGCUGACGGCUCCCCACCCGCCGAUGGUCACUCCCGGAAAUUUGGCGGUGGCCACCGAGGAGAAGCCAUUGGAAUUGACGUGCAGCAGUAUCGGAGGCUCCCCAGAUCCCAUGAUAACCUGGUACCGCGAAGGCAGCACCGUGCCACUGCAGUCGUACGCCCUGAAGGGCGGAUCGAAGAACCACUAUACGAAUGCCACCCUGCAGAUUGUGCCCCGACGGGCCGACGAUGGCGCCAAGUACAAGUGCGUUGUCUGGAACCGAGCCAUGCCCGAGGGUCACACCCUAGAGACCAGUGUCUCUCUGAAUGUCAACUACUACCCUCGAGUGGAAGUUGGCCCCCAGAAUCCCCUCCGUAUAGAACGCGAUCACGUGGCCAAAUUGGAGUGCCGAGUGGAUGCCAAGCCCAUGGUCAGCAAUGUGAGAUGGUCGAGAAACGGGCAGUAUGUGAGUGCCACGCCCACCCACACCAUCUACAGGGUUAAUCGCCACCAUGCCGGAAAGUACACCUGCAGCGCUGAUAAUGGCUUGGGCAAGACGGGAGAAAAGGAUAUAGUACUGGAUGUCCUGUACCCCCCGAUUGUGGUAAUCGAAUCGAAGACCCACGAGGCCGAGGAAGGGGAAACUGUCUUGAUUCGCUGCAAUGUGACUGCCAAUCCAUCGCCCAUAAAUAUUGAAUGGCUGAAGGAGGGGGCCCCCGAUUUCCGACACAAUGGCGAGCUGUUGACCUUGGGCUCUGUGAGGGCAGAGCAUGCCGGGAACUAUAUCUGCCGAUCGGUGAACAUAAUGCAGCCUUUCAACUCAAAGAGGGUCGAGGGAGUGGGUAACUCCACGGUGGCCCUGCUGGUCCGCCAUCGUCCUGGCCAGGCCUAUAUAACGCCCAACAAGCCAGUGGUUCAUGUGGGUAAUGGAGUGACCCUGACCUGCUCCGCCAAUCCUCCCGGGUGGCCAGUGCCACAGUAUAGAUGGUUCCGCGACAUUGACGGCGAUAUCGGAAACACUCAAAAAAUCUUGGCCCAGGGUCCUCAGUACUCCAUCCCAAAGGCGCACUUGGGCAGCGAGGGAAAGUACCACUGCCAUGCCGUCAAUGAGCUGGGAAUCGGCAAGAUAGCCACCAUUAUUUUGGAGGUGCACCAGCCACCGCAGUUCCUGGCCAAGCUGCAACAGCACAUGACCCGCCGAGUGGGCGAUGUGGACUACGCCGUGACCUGCAGUGCCAAAGGGAAGCCCACUCCCCAGAUUCGAUGGAUCAAGGAUGGCACAGAGAUCCUGGCCACCAGGAAAAUGUUCGACAUACGCACCACCCCCACAGACGCCGGUGGUGGUGUAGUGGCGGUCCAGAGCAUUCUUCGGUUCAGGGGCAAGGCCCGACCCAACGGGAAUCAACUGCUUCCCAAUGACAGAGGUCUCUACACCUGCCUCUAUGAGAACGACGUCAACUCGGCCAACUCCUCCAUGCAUCUGAGGAUCGAACACGAGCCAAUAAUCAUCCAUCAGUACAAUAAGGUGGCCUACGACUUGAGGGAGUCCGCCGAAGUGGUUUGCCGGGUCCAGGCCUAUCCGAAACCGGAGUUCCAGUGGCAAUACGGCAACAAUCCCUCACCCCUGACCAUGUCCUCCGAUGGCCACUACGAGAUCAGCACCAGGAUGGAGAACAAUGACAUUUACACCUCGAUUUUGAGGAUAGCCCACCUACAGCAUUCCGAUUAUGGGGAAUACAUCUGCAGAGCCGUGAAUCCCUUGGAUAGCAUCCGGGCACCCAUUAGAUUGCAGCCGAAGGGCUCGCCAGAAAAACCAACAAACCUGAAGAUCCUGGAAGUGGGUCACAACUAUGCCGUCCUGAACUGGAUACCAGGCUUCAAUGGUGGCUUCUCGAACACCAAAUACUUGGUUAGCUAUCGGAGAGUGGCCACCCCGAGGGAGCAGAGCCUGUCCGAUUGCUCGGGCCAUGGCUACAUCCCCAGCUACCAGAUAAGCAGCUCCUCCAGUAGCAACUCCAAUCAUGAAUGGAUCGAGUUCAACUGCUUCAAAGAGAAUCCCUGCAAGCUGGCACCUCUGGACCAGCACCAGAGCUACAUGUUCAAGGUCUAUGCCCUGAAUUCUAAGGGAACCUCUGCCUACUCCAACGAGGUGGUGGCCACCACGAAAGUCAGUAAAAUUCCACCGCCCCUGCAUGUCAGCUACGAUCCCAACUCCCAUGUCCUGGGCAUCAAUGUGGCAGCCACUUGCCUGUCCCUGAUUGCCGUGGUCGAGUCGCUAGUAACGCGUGACGCAACUGUACCCAUGUGGGAGAUUGUGGAGACCCUGACGUUGCUGCCAUCGGGAAGCGAGACCACAUUCAAGGAGGCCGUCAUCAAUCACAUGUCCCGACCGGCUCAUUACACAACCGCCACAUCGGGCCGGAGCUUGGGCAUGGGAGGCGGUGGGACAGGAGGCGUGGCCGGUGGCUCCCAUCACGGCGAGGAUCGAACAAUGGCGCUGGCGGAAACAGCAGGACCAGGACCCGUGGUUAGAGUGAAAUUAUGUCUGCGAUCGAAUCACGAGCACUGUGGGGCCUACGCCAAUGCAGAAAUUGGCAAGUCCUACAUGCCGCACAACUCCUCCAUGACGACCUCCGCCCUGGUGGCCAUCAUCAUCGCCUCGAUAUCCUUCUGCAUCUUUCUGGCACUUCUGUACGCCUUCUGUCGCUGUCGCAGGACACAUGCUGCCAAAAAGGAGGCGGCCGGGGGGACAGGCACGGCCACGAACACCACGACACCCGGUGCCGCCGGAGGCAAGGAGUACGACCUUGAUUUGGAUGCCAGCCGGAGACCCUCGCUGACCCAGACUUCGGUGGGUGACCCGCAACAGCAGUCCCAGCAGCAGCCACCGCCCCCACCACCCUACUACCCCACCGGCACCCUCGACUCCAAGGAGACCGGGGGUGGCUGUGGCAUGGAGCUCACCCUCACCGCCCUCCACGAUCCCGACGAGCAGCUGAAUAUGCAACAGCAGCAGCACCACAGCAACCACGGCCAGUACCAACAACCCAAAGCCAUUCUGGGAAUUUACAGUGGUGCCGGGGCAGGACCUGGGGCAGGCGCUGGAACGGGAGGCGUGGGCAGCGGCGGUGCACACUCAAACGGCUAUGGCUAUCAUGUGACAAGUGCCAUCGGCGUGGACGGCGACAGCUAUCAAGUGCUGCCCUCCGCCGCCAGCUCAGCAGCAGGAUCCCACGGAAUAGGACACGGACAUGGACAUGGACACGGCAUCGGAACCGGAGCCGGAGAGUCAGGACCACUUGAGGCGACACCAGCAGCAUGCAACAUCGGCGGAACUGGCAGUGGCAGUAGCAACAUUAACCCGAAGCAGCAACUUAUAGCACGCGCCAAUUUAACGAACCAACCCACCAUUGCCAGCACCACCAACAACAAAAUCUUUAGCAGCAGCAACAACAACAACGGUAACAGCAACAGCAACAGCAACCACUCCACCAACAACAACAACAGCUCCAGCUCCACCUCCACAACCACCUUGCAACGCAUUCAUCUGGCAAAUAGAGAAAGGGAGAGGGUGACCGCAGCCACAGCGGGCACCACCACAGCUUUGGCAACCACCAUCACAACAACUUCCCGUAACGCCAAAGCCGCAACAACAACAACAACACUAGCCAUUACAGGGUCGAGCAACAAUUCCAAUGAGAACAACUACAGCAACGCCAGGGACAUGUCGCAGGAGGCCUUGUGGCGCCUCCAAUUGGCCGCCGGCCAGUCGCAGCAGAUCUACGUGGAACGGCCGCCGUCGGCGUUCAGCGGCUUGGUGGACUACAGCGGCUACUCGCCGCACAUCCAGACGGUGACCAGUUCCCUCAGCCAGCAGAGCUUCGUCGCCGGCGGGCCUGCCCCAGCGCAGCCCUUGGCGCCCCACGAAAUGUUGCAAGCUGCCCAGCGGUACGGAACCCUGAGGAAGUCCGCCGGCAAGCAGCCACCUCUACCGCCGCAGAGAAAGGACCUGGGUCAGCAGCCGAAGCCACAGCAGCAAAUGGCGGAUAUAAUACAGGAUUUGGCAAAUUAAACUAAUUGGCCGUUAAGAGAAACCGACAUACAUUUUGACAUUAGCAUUUAAGUAAGUCUACAACAAAAAAAGAACGAGUAAUAAACACACAAGCAUAAAAAAUAGAAUUUUUAAAUGUUUAAGUGGCGUAAAAAUGGCUAACAAAGCAAACAUGAAAACCUAAUUAAGUGGAAAUUUACCUAUUUCGACCAAAAAAAGAAAUCCCCAAAUCGCUGUAAAUGUGAAAAGUCUACAAAAAGCAUAUAAAUACAAUUAAGAACUAUUCCUAAAAGUUUACUAAAAAUAACAUUUUUAUAAAAGCCACUGGUUUUCGUUUUUUUAAAAACACAACUCUUUACAAUUUUAGUAAAUUGAAAAGUCAAACCAGCAAACAGUCAUCAAAUGCCAAAAACUACACCACUUCAUUUCCUAUUUUAAUCUUUUUUAGCAGCCAAUAUUUAAUUUAAAUUUAAAUAAUAAUUUAUUCGGCACUUUAUGCCACGGCCACCAUGGCCAGACCGACCACCAAUGGCCAAAAAUAUUGAGGUCCAUGGCGACAAACUGUAAAAACACGGCCAUAAUAUUCUGGUCAAAUCAUUGUUAAACCAACAACCAAACACAAAAGCCACCUUUUGAGGUUUUCUAUGCCUUUUUUAGUGCUGUUUGCAAAAUAUGCAAAAUUCUGUUGAUUUAAAUCAAAUAAAAGAGACAAAAUGUUCGUUUAAUUGCUUUUCGAGAGGACCAUGGAUGGCAUGGCCAUGGCCAAUAAAAAUAAACCCAUCGACAUGAAUCGAAUCGAAAAAGGGCUAAAAACAAUGAAGGCUGAGGAGGGCUGAGGUGUAGAACUUUUCGACUCCUCAUUAGCUUUUGUCUCCGUUGGGGCAUUAAAUUGAAACGAAUAUUUGUUUUCUCGGAUCGACUAAUUGCGCUGCUAAUUUCAAUUGUUCGCAUUGUCGAUGCUUAUAAUAAUGCAAAAAUUGUAAUUACAAAUUAACAAUCGGUGAGCCAGUGUCCCUCGGUGACCUAAAAUUAGAUUGUGUAAAUUUGCAAAUUAAUUUGACAUCGCACAAAGCCCUCAGCGUUGCAGCGGAGCUCUAUUCAGUUCACAGUUCACAGUUUCCACACAAAAUCAGUGCACACAAUAUCAAUUUAUUUAGUGUGCAUUUUGUAAAUAGUAGACUCUUGCCCCCGACAGCCCACCCACACAACCCACUCGAUGGAGUUAUUAAAUUGAAAUUGUUGCAACCAACUUUAAACUGAUGCUGCCAGUCAAAAGUCCAAGGGAGUUGCAUUUACCCAUUACACAUAUAGACUUGCAACUUAAAAUAUACAAAUAUAUAUUUAUAAAUAGACAAACAAAACCGCAAAAUAUGAAAAAUAAAAUAGCAAAAAUAUCUUUUAGCGUAAAAAGACGAAAUCUUUGAAUAAAAUUAUAAUAGCUGGAAAAACGGAAUAAUCAACAAACGCAAAAUGCAAUUUAAUUUCAUUUUGUAGCUGCGGGGUAUUCAAAAUUGAGUGUGUUAGCCAAAAUAAAGUAAGCUCCACAAAAGCGGCUAAAAAGAACUUAAACAAAGCAUAUUUUACAAUUUUAUUUGUCUUUUCAAUCAUUCAUGAAGAGUAAUUACCAAAAGAAUCAACCGAAUAUUAAAGAGACUUCCCCCAGACUUCAGUGUAAAAUAUUUAUUUAUUUUCAUGCUUCAAAACUUCAAUGAAAAUGGAUAUAAAUUUCUUUAGUUCUUUCAGCAUGUAGCCAUAAAAGAAAUUAUUGUGGCAUUUUGUUCUACACAUGUUUUUUCUUUGUUUUCAAUUUGAAACCCGAACUCUAUACAAUAGAGCCCACUUGCAAUCGGUGAUAAAGUAUUGAAAUAAAGCUAAAAAAUGCAAAACAUUUUGUUGCACAACAGGAGAACCCAUGAAGCUGGAAAUAUCUUUAAUCCAAUAAUUUUUCAACUAUGUUAUGAAAUAUUCAAGUAAUAAAUCCACGUAAUUGAGGCAUUUAUUUUGAUGUUUGGCAAACAAAGGCCAGCGGGAAUAUAAAAGCUUAGAAGUGAAUUUCAGCGGAAGUAUUUUUCGAGAUGUUUGCGCAACAUGUUUAGCUUAGAAAUUUACUUCAACAAAUUAACUUAAAUUUUAACUUUCCCAAUAGCAAUAGAAACCAUUUAAAUGGAAAAAUUAUGAUUAAGCAACUUGUAAAUACUUCAAAACAGAGUAAACCAAAGAGAAUAGAACAUCUAUGUUGAAUUCAAGAUUAAAUAUAUUUAAAGAAUGAUAAUUAAUUAUAAUUGAUAAGCUGGGAUUUUGGCAAGUUAUUCGUGUGGUUGUUGGUUUUACUCCCAUCGACUCGAAUAAUUUCUCAAAAACCUAUUUAAGAUUAAGCCAAAAAAAGUAUAUUUAACCCAAAACCAAACAAGAUCAAAAUAACCUAGUCGAUAUUUGUAAGUCUAAGUCUUUAACUAUGUUUAAUGGUCCGUUUCUAAAAAAAUACGUCUGUUUUAUAAUUUCCACUUCAAACUAAAUGUAAACUAUUAGAAAACUGUUCUUAAACGCCAGGCGUUGGAAACAUUUCACUGAACUUUUUAUUGCAAAACCGAAAAAGCUAAUUUUAAAUGUAACAUCUAGAUGGUAACGCUAUACGAUAUAUUAUUAUACAAUGUAAAACAAAAUAUACGAUAAUUAUAAAA